ACUUUUUACGGAAUCUGUGAUUAUUUUGAUAUUUUUUUUUAGUUUGAGACUUCAAUUUCACGUGGUUUUCGUAAAAGUGCCCUAUUAUCGGCAUGCUUGAUUUUGCAUAUUUGUGAUUUGUAUUCUUAAGUGAUAUGCACCGUCUCAUUUCAGCCAAGAAAAUCUACCCUGGUACUUUUCACGGGGUUGGUUUACCUCAAUGUACUUUAAAAAUUAUACGAGCUGCGGAUUUAAAAUGUUCAUUCUGUCAAAAGGUUUUUCUCCAGGCACAAAAUCGAGAGUUCAACAUUCUCACGAGGCAUCAGUCAACAAAACCUGCCAGCGUUAGAUCGCAUAAAAAAAAGCUAAAACAUAGCAAUUACAAAAAAUAUGGAGAGCUGCUUGAAGUUGGAGAGUCUGCGAUGACAGAGAUGAAGGUGUCAAUCAGUAAAUUACAUGCUACACACUUAUCCAAACUAGCCUCUAGUUCCGUUUCACUUGGUCAACUUCAUCAACUUACUAAAAAAACUACAAAAAAAGAUAACAUAAAAGUAGAUCAAGAACUACUGCAGAGUGUUAAAGAGAAGAUUUUAAAGAACACAACAGUGCCAGUGAUAAACAAAGAUAUAAAAUUAGAAGAUGAUGAAUGUGCUUUAGUUUUUACUCAUCAUAAAAUAUCCACAAUUGAAGAAAGGUUUAAAACCAGUCAGUAUAUAAAUAUGGUGAAAGAGAGUUAUUACAAUUUUCGUAGGGCUACAAUCUAUGAUCAGCGUUUGCAGGAUUUACGGUAUGCUAUUAAUGAGGGACUGACACAGGAGUUUGACCUUGGCAUGUCUCCGAUUAAGAAACCAGAUAAUGUAAAUGUUGAGUCUCAGGUGUUACCAAAGGGUCCCCAUGCUGUUUUCAAAGAGUUGUUUGUAGAUAAUCCAUUGGAAAAUUAUGAUAGAGAAUUUAUGAACCAAAUGUCCAAUUACCAACUUCAAGGUAUUGCCCACCCUGCGCUAGAUGUUUGUGAAGAGUCAGUAUUUCAUCAUGAAAUAGAACCUAGAGAUGAUUUUGAUGAAGGGCUGAGUGAAUCUGUCAAUGUUAAGAAGUUGAACAUAAAGAAAGCUCAGCAGGCAAUAAAGCAAAAAAAGAAGAAGAUGAAGGAGAAACGCAGAAUGGCCCAGGAGAUCAAUAUGAAGCAGGAUAUUCGGGAGUUGGAGAAGCGAGGCAAACAGCAAGCAUUGCACAAGCUGCUCACUGCGCAUCUGCAGCUUUUGUGUUCACUUAAUAUGAUACAAGAGGGUCAUCAAGUUUUACAGUAUUACAGAAAGAAGCAAGCACAUUCACACGACAAUCCUAAAAUUAUGGAUGUCAAAGUUUACAAUACAUUGCUGCAUGGGUAUGCAUCACAGGGAAAAAUAGAUAAUGCCAAAGAACUCUUGUCAUUUAUGGAAGAGGAUGGAAUAACUCCCAAUGCUCAAACAUUUGCAGCAAUAUUUGAAUGUAUAGAGAAAAGUGUGACUAAACAGAAGCCAACAGUAUUAGAAUUCUAUAAUCAAAAGAUGCAAGAAAAGGGUAUUACAUUAAAUGAUCUAUUAGAUAAAACAAAGUUUGUCUAUGAUCAGCGUGAAGUUGUAUUAAACGCAAUUCAUAGAUUGCAACCUGAUUUUGUACCAACUUACACUCCACCAGUCCUAGAUUACGACUGUCCGUUACUGGAAAAAUUAAAACUAAAUGAUACAACAAAUAGAAAAGGCCUGCUUAGUUCACCAGCUGAAGGGCUACUCAGUCUAGAAGAUAUGAAGAAGAAAGGACAGAUGCAGUUUGAUAUGGAGAUUAACGGAGAAAUUGAAGUUCAAAAUAUCGCAGUGCAAGAUGUUGAAACAGAGAGUGUGAAAUUAUAUAGGGCAAAGUUACAUGAAACGGAACAAGAGUGGCGUACAGUUAUAAAGGAGGCGUUUAUACGUAACCUAAGUACUUUGAAGUCUCAAAGCAACGCCUCACAUUCUGCUAUCACUUUGUACCCUUAUCUUAAAGUUUUAGAGGUGGAUCAAUUUGUAGAACUAAUGAUGGGUGAGAUUUACAAGUUAGUUGAUGGCAGUGAGAGUUACAGUCCUACUCUCAAACUGUUGCAGCGCUCUCUCGGCACUCAAGUAUAUCAUAAAUAUCAAAUAGAGCAGUACCGACGUAACGGCGUGCUGAAUAAAAUGGAGCAGAUAUACGAGAAGUACUGCGAGUGGUACUUGCAGCGGCGCUCCGUGGACGGCUCGCAGCAGCCGUACAACGGCCGCCAGGCGUGGCAGGUGCUGGAGCAUCUCAACAGAGAUGGUGCUAGUCUGGAUUUAGAUGAGACACCAUGGCCCAUGGAAAUGCGUCAGAAUAUCGGAAAGUUUUUGUAUAACAUCAUUAUUAAUGAUGUCAAAAUAGAUGUCAACAUUUUUAAAGCAAAUCACAAACAAAAGAAGCUACCAGCGGUAUACAAGGUGCACCGUCCGUGGGGCUGGCUGGUGCGGCUGGAGCUGAAGCCGCACCCGGCGGUGGCGCGGCUGUGGGCGGCGGCGGCGCGCCCCGCCCUGCGCCUGCGCGCCGCGCUCGCGCCCACGCGCGCCCCGCCCGCGCCCUGGCGACACCACCGCGCCGGCGCGUACCUGCUCACUGACACUCCGCUCAUACGGUUGCCAUUUUACGUGUCAAAUCAAAUGAAGCGGAUAGAAGAGUCACCUCAACAGGCGCUGUACCCUGUGCUGGACAGCCUCAACCAGCUGGGGGAGGUGCCCUGGGUCAUCAACCAGCCUAUCCUGGACUUGCAGAUUAAAGUUUUCAGGUCAGGUGGAAACAAGAAAUUGGAUAUUCCGUCCCCGGCGUCGUCACUGGACGCGUCUCAGUUCCCAGGGGGCGGGGCCGGCGGAGGCGGGGGCGGGGCCAGCGCCGCCGCCAACUUCAAGCGACGGCUCGCUAUCAACCGCGCUCGCGCAGACAUGCACUCGCUGUGGUGCGACGCACUGUACAAACUAUCACUCUCUAAUCAUUAUAGGGACAGUAUGUUCUGGUUGCCGCACAACAUGGACUUCCGCGGGCGCGUGUACGCGGUGGGGCCGCACGUGUCCGCGCUGGGGGCGGACGCGGCGCGCGCGCUGCUGCGGCUGGGGCGUCGCCGCCCGCUCGGGCCCACCGGCCUGCGCUGGCUGCUGCUGCACGCUGUCAACCUCACUGGCACCAUGAAAAACAACACCCUCGAUGAAAGAUACGAGUACGCGCAGAGUAUAUUGGACAAGAUCCUGGACUCGGCGGACCGGCCGCUGGAGGGCGAGGGCUGGUGGCAGCGCUCCGAGGAGCCCUGGCAGACGCUUGCCUGCUGCAUGGAGAUCGCCAACGCUGUCAGGUCUCCCAACCCUGAAGAGUACUUGUGCGGGUUCCCGGUGCACCAGGACGGGUCCUGCAACGGGCUGCAGCACUACGCGGCGCUGGGCGGGGACGCUGCGGGCGCGGCCGCAGUCAACCUCGCCCCGCUGCCGCGCCCGCAGGACGUCUACACCACUGUCGCUAAAAUGGUAGAGGAGAUGCGGGCGCGCGACGCGGCGAGCGGCGUGCCCGCGGCGCAGGUGCUGGCGGGCUUCGUGCGCAGGAAGGUGAUCAAACAGACGGUGAUGACCACCGUGUACGGAGUCACCAAGCACGGCGCCAGGCUGCAGAUCGCUAAGCAGUUGAAAGAUAUCGAGGAGUUCCCCAAGGAUCAAGUGUGGGCAUGCUCGCAGUACCUCACCACGAAGACCUUCGACAGCCUUCGGGAGAUGUUCACCUCCACCAAGCUUAUACAAGACUGGUUCACUGACUGCGCUAAGCUGAUAUCGGGCGUGUGCGGCGAGAGCGUGGAGUGGGUGACGCCGCUGGGGCUGGCCGUGCUGCAGCCCUACUACCGCCGCGCGUCGCCCGCCACCGCCCUCGCCGCUCCGCUAGACCAUCACCAACGUCCGUGCACAAUGAAGCAGCGCAACGCAUUCCCGCCAAACUUCAUCCACUCGCUGGACUCCACGCACAUGAUGACUACGGGGCUGCACUGCGCCGCCGCCGGGCUCGCCUUCGUCUCCGUGCACGACUGCUACUGGACGCACCCCGACACCGUCGACACCAUGAACAAGAUUUGCCGUGAACAGUUCGUGGCGUUGCACUCGCAGCCGAUCCUGGAGGAUCUUUCCAAGUUCCUCGUGCAGCGCUACAGCUACUCUCAGAGUGAAAUAGAUACAGGCGAAGGUUUAGGCACAGAGAAUAAGAAGCGUGUGAACAGCGUGUUGGGGCGCGUGCCGCCGCGCGGAGACUUCCACAUCGAUAACGUACUCAAAUCUGUGUAUUUCUUCAGCUAGAUAAUAAAUACACUCGAAUUAUGUCCACUCAGGUUGUAAGUAUUUUUAUAUUUGACGUUAUACAUAUCUCAUUGACUAUGAGAAACAUUUGAUUUAAUUACAAACAUUUAUUAAGGAGGGUUUUCUCAUACGAUUUUGACCAUAUUUUAAAAGUGAAAAAGUAGUCAAGGGCAAUAUUAUGUAAUCACUGAUUUUAAUAAAUGGGUAGGACAUUUUCGUGACUUUAAAUUAUUAAUUUGUAUCCUUGCCACCACCACCAACCACGACUCAGCGUAAAAAUGACAAAGAUCAUACAGGCACUAAAUACCACGUCUUAUAGCCUGUCCAUUUAUAGAGAUCAGUGAAUGGAUUCAAUAAAGUUGGAUUACUUAUUUAAAAAUAAAAUUUUCGUAUUUCAAACUUUGUCGCUAACGCUUGGUGUGGUUAAAAUUUUGAGAUGGAUUCAUUUCCCCAGUUAUUAUUUUAACGUCUUGUAUAUCUUGAAUUUGUAUUGUAUUUAUAGACUGAAAUGUAGACGAUAAUGUUCGGCUAAGGUUAUGACAAAAUAUGAAAUGUCAGUUGUCCAAUGUUAGUUUACUGUGUGGUCACUUAGACUUUCUUAUUCUUUCGUAUUUUGUUGUUUUUUUAAAACCAUUAAUUUCUUAAACUUAAAUGUGUCUUAACAGACUAAAAAAAUAAGUCUUCAUCUUCACAGACAUUAUUUUAUUUAAUAUCCAUUUAAUUUGAUUCAAAAGUUCCUAAUUUUGUCGUAAUUUUACAUGACAAUGUUUAUUGUUAUCAUACAUCGCUUCUGUAGAAGGAAAAUGUGCUCGUUUGUGUUUGUCAUAUUUUCCCUUAAGUUCUUCCUUGUCCUCAACCGUAUGUAGAUUUGGAUAGUAUGAAUUACAAUCUGUGAUUUGUUAAUAUAGAAAAUAAAAUAAGUUAAAACAA